UGCCUCUCUGUAGUAGGACGUUCGUAUUGAGAAGAAUUAGGCAGCGGCGCGCGCGAUGGCGGAGGGGAUCGCAUUCGAUCUGGUGAAAGGAGUGCUGGGCAAGCUGGGCUCCGCUCUCGGGGACGAAAUCGGGCUGCUGCGGAGCUUCAAGGACGACGCGGACGAUCUCAGAAGCAACUUCUCGGCGAUCCAGGCGGUGCUUCUCGACGCCGAGGAGCGGAGCAGCGCUGGGAAGGAGAGCCACGCUCUGCGCCACUGGCUGCGCAAACUGAAGGACGCCGCCUACGACGCCGACGACCUGCUGGACGAGAUCCGGACGCAACAGCAGUAUCCCGAGGUGCAGAAUCAUCAACACCAGCCAGCUGGAAAGGUACGUGGAUUUCUGUCCCGCGCUAAUCCGAUGCAUCUGAAGUUUAAGGUCAAGAUGGCGCACAGGAUGAAAGCGCUCCGAGAAAAGAUCGGUAAGAUCGCGAAACAGAGGCAUGAUUUCGGUCUUGCCGAAGCUGGCCCUGGUCGGCAGGCUGAGUUCAAACGCCCUGACACAUAUUCAGUCGUCGACGAAAAGACAAUAGUUGGGAGAGAUGGUGAUAAAGAGGAAAUUGUGAAGCUCCUGUUAGAGACGGGCGGCGAUCACGACGUGUCGGUCAUUCCGAUAGUGGGAUUGGGAGGAUUGGGGAAGACGACGCUCGCUCAGAUGGCCUUCAACGACGGGCGGGUUACGGAUCAGCAGUGCUUUGAUCUAUGGGUGUGGGUCUGCGUGUCUACUGAUUUCGACAUGAAGACGAUUGCAAAGCCGGUGAUAUCUGCAGCCGGAGAGAAUUGUGCUCUUGAUAACUCGGAUGCCGUCGCCAGUUGUCUUGUUAGGAUCUUUAGCCAGAAGAGAUUUUUGCUGGUGCUGGACGAUGUAUGGAACGAAGAUCAGGAAAAGUGGGAGAAUUUGAAGGUCUUAUUUAAGGACAGCAAGAAGGGAAGUAAAAUUUUAGUCACCACGCGGAGCAAGAAGGUUGCCACGAUAAUGAAAACAGUCGAACCACACCAUGUGAAAGUCUUAUCAGAUGAUGAUUGUUGGACAUUGUUCAAAAGACGGGCAUUCGAGAAAGGGGAAGAGAACGACUAUCCGAGUUUGGUGGAAAUUGGAAAGCAGAUAGUAGAGAAGUGUGGUGGCUUGCCUUUAGCAGCAAAUGCCUUAGGAAGUAUGAUGCGCUUUAAGAGGACAGAGAAUGAAUGGUCCGCUACUAGAGAUAGCGAAAUAUGGAGGUUGGAAGAAGGAACUAUUUUACCAUCAUUAAAAUUGAGCUACAUUCAGAUGCCGUCGGCUUUGAAGCAGUGCUUUGCUUACUGCUCCAUUUUCCCCAAAGACUAUGAGAUUGACAAGGAUGACUUGAUCCGGCAGUGGAUUGCUUUAGGCUUCAUUUCAUCGCAUGAAACAUGGACUUCGAUGGAAGAUAUCGGGAAUGAGUACUUUAACGAUCUAUUAUGGAUGUCUUUCCUUCAGGACGUGGAGGAGAAUUAUAGAGGGGUCACCUGCUGCCGGAUGCAUGAUUUAGUGCACGACCUCGCACAAUCUGUGGCAAAAGAAGAAGUUGCUGUUAUAAGUGCAGAAGAGUCAGCAAGGAUCCCAGAAGGUUGCCGCUAUGCAUCAAUACACAGUCGUUUCACGCCACAGGUUUCAAUUACCGUAAUGCAAAGGUUGCGAGCUCUUCAAUUUAGGGAAUCUGGUUCACCUAUUAUGACUCUUUAUAGCGAGGCAAAAUGGUUACGCCUGUUGGAUUUACAUGAUUCCAAAAUUUCUAUGUUGNAAAGCAUUGGCGCGACGUUCGUAUUGAGAAGGAUUAGGCAGCAGCACGCGCGCGCGAUGGCGGAGGGGAUCGCAUUCGAAUUGGUGACGGGAGUGCUGGGCAAGCUGGGCUCCGCUCUCGGGGACGAAAUCGGGCUGCUGCGGAGCUUCAAGGACGACGCGGACGACCUCCGAAGCAACUUCUCUGCGAUCCAGGCGGUGCUUCUCGACGCCGAGGAGCGAAGCAGCGCUGGGAAGGAGAGCCACGCUCUGCGCGACUGGCUGCGCAAACUGAAGGACGCCGCCUACGACGCCGACGACCUGCUGGACGAGAUCCGGACGCAACAGCAGUACCCCGAGGUGCAGAAUCAUCAACACCAGCCAGCUGGAAAGGUACGUGGAUUUCUGUCCCGCGCUAAUCCGAUGCAUCUGAAGUUUAAGGUCAAGAUGGCGCACAGGAUGAAAGCGCUCAGAGAAAAGAUCGGUAAGAUCGCGAAACAGAGGCAUGAUUUCGGUCUUGCCGAAGCUGGCCCUCUUGGACAGGCUGAGUUCAAGCGCCCUGAGACAUUCUCGGUCGUCGACGAAAAGACAAUAGUGGGGAGAGAUGGUGAUAAAGAGGAAAUUGUGAACCUUCUCCUAGAGACUAACAGCGAUCACGACGUGUCGGUCAUUCCGAUCGUGGGAUUGGGGGGAUUGGGGAAGACGACGCUUGCUCAGCUGGCCUACAACGACGAGCGGGUUACGGACGAGCUGGUUACGGGCCAGAAGCGCUUUGAUCUACGGGUGUGGGUCUGCGUGUCUACCGAUUUCCACAUGAAGACGAUUGCAAAGCCGGUGAUAUCUGCAGCUGGAGAAAAUUGUGCUCUUGAUAACUCGGAUGCCGUUGCCACUUGCCUUGUCAGGAUCUUUAGCCAGAAGAGAUUUUUGCUGGUGCUGGAUGAUGUAUGGAACGAAGAUCAGAAUAAGUGGAAGGAAUUGAAUGUUGUAUUUAAGAACAGCAAGAAGGGAAGUAAAGUCUUAGUGACCACGCGGAGCGAAAAGGUUGCCGAGAUAAUGAAAACAGUCAAACCGCACCGUGUGAAAGGCUUAUCAGAUGAUGAUUGUUGGACAUUGUUCAAAAGACGGGUAUUCGAUGAUGGGGAAGAGAACUACUAUCCGAGUUUGGUCGCAAUCGGAAAGCAGAUAGUUAAGAAGUGCGGCGGUGUGCCGUUAGCAGCAAAUGCUUUAGGAAGUAUGAUGCGCUUUAAGAGCAGGACAGAGGAUGCAUGGUCCGCUAUUAGAGAUAGCGAAAUUUGGAGUCUGAAAGAAGAGAAAACUAUUUUACCAUCGUUAAAGUUGAGCUACAUUCAGAUGCCGUCGGCUUUGAAGCACUUUGCUUACUGCUCCAUAUUCCCCAAAGACUAUGAGAUUGACAAGGAUGACUUGAUCCGGCAAUGGAUUGCUUUAGGCUUCAUUUCAUCGCAUGAAACAUGGACUUCGACGGAAGAUAUUGGGAAUGAGUACUUUAACAAUCUAUUAUGGAUGUCUUUCCUUCAAGACGUGAAGGAAAAUUAUAGAAAGGUUACCACCUGUCGGAUGCAUGAUUUAGUGCACGACCUCGCACAAUCUGUAGCAAGAGAAGAAGUUGCUGCUAUAGUUGGAAAAGAGUCAACAGGGUUCCCGGAAGGUUGUCGCUAUGCAUCAAUACACAGUAGUUUCAUGCCACAGAUUCCAACCACAGUAGUGCGGAGGUUGCGAGCUCUUCAAUUUAGGAAAUCUGGUUCACUUAUUAUGGAUUUUUAUAGCGAUGCAAAAUGCUUAUGCCUGUUGGAUUUACAUGGUUCCAAAAUUUCUAUGCUGCCAAGCUCAAUCGGUAAGUUGAAGCUCAUANUAAGAUACCUCAACCUUUCGAAGAACAGUAUACAAGAAUUGCCUGAAUCAACUACCAGCCUCUGCAACUUGCAAACCUUGAAUCUUUCACGCUGCCGCGAGAUCCGUACAUUACCCAAAUUUCUAGGAAGGCUUACGAAUUUGCGGAUUUUAGAUUUAGGAGGUUGCCUAUCUCUGACAAUACUGGACUCCAUUAGCAACCUUCAGAAUUUGUACACACUAGAUUUGAGUUGGUGCCAAAAGGUGAUAUCACUUGAACCUAUAUGUCACCUCAAAAACCUGCAUGACUUAAACCUAUCAUGUCUAAAAUCUUUGGUGGCAUUACCUGAAUCCAUUGGGAGCCUUCAAAACUUGCGUAUUCUGAACCUUUCUUGGUGCUAUUCCCUACUAUCAUUACCCUCAUCGUUAUGUCACCUCAAAAACCUGCAUAGGUGCUCUUCUCUAGAAUCGUUACCCUCAUCGUUAUGUCACCUCAAAAACCUGCAUCACUUAAACCUAUCGUGUCUAAAUUCUUUGGUGGCAUUACCUGAAUCCAUUGGGAGCCUUCAAAACUUGCAUAUUCUGAACGUUUCUGAAUGCUCGUCUCUAGAAUCAUUACCCUCAUCGUCAAGUGAUCUUCAGCAUUUAGAGAAACUCGACAUCCGUGAUUGUGGAAAAUUAUGUGAGCUGCCUAAAAUGAUCCAAAAGCUGACCAAACUUAGAGUCUUGUUAAACAACAAUUGCUCGGAAUUGAAGGGCAUGCCCCGAGGGAUCGGCAAGUUAGUUAGCUUGCAGGAAUUGUCCGUUUUUGUCGUCGGCAAGCAAGACCGCGUCGAACAUUGUGCCAGCAUCUCUGAGCUAGAGCACUUGAAGCUUGUCGGCCAGCUGCGGAUCAAGGGUCUCGAGAAUGUGACGAGUCCGGUUGAUGCCAAGGCUGCAAAUUUGAUAGAGAAGAACCUGCGGUCUUUGAAGUUGGAAUGGAACGUUUUAAGCGCAGAAGAAGCCGUGUUAGAAAAUCUUCAACCACAUCAAAAGCUAGAGAAUUUGGAAAUAGGAGGCUAUGGAGGCGGGAAGUUUCCUAGCUGGAUGAUGAACAGGAUUGGCUCGUGCCUCCCAAAUCUCGUUAAAAUCAAACUAGCGAAUAUGCCCGGAUGCAGCUCACUUCCGCAGCUGGGGCAACUUCCUUUUCUUGAAGAACUGACUAUACGAAACAUGCCCGCGGUAACAAAUUUGGGCGUAGAUAAGUUCCCUGCGCUGACGACACUUGAGUUGUCCUCCAUGCCGGAGCUGCGAGAAUGGGUGACUGUGUUGACGGUGGAUGACGAAGAAGGCAGGCGAGAGCGAGUUCCCAUUUUUCCGCGUCUCACUCAAUUGUGGCUUAAAGGAUGUCCUCAAUUGAGGCCGGAGCCUUGCGUCCCGCCAUCGGUUAAGUAUCUGACCAUUUCUAGAGCAAGCAAGGAGAAUCUAUCGUUGAUACUCGAACGCGCGAUGCCAUUUGGAGGCGGUGAUGCCGCCGUUUCACCCCAACCGCCACCAGAUAAGGGGCUGCGGGAUCUAGUAAUAAACGAAUGUCAGCAGCUUACCUGUUUGCCCGAGAGCUUGCGGGGUCUCACGUCCCUCCAGCGGCUGAGAAUAUCUGAUUGUGAAGAUCUUGAGAGAAUUGAAGAUUGGCUCGGGGAGCUCUCCGACCUGCAGUCCUUGGAGAUCUGGGAGUGCAGCAGUCUCCGUUACUUGCCUGCGCACAAGAUGACCACACUUCAGGAGUUAGAUAUUAACAAGUGCCCCCUGUUGUUCGAUGCGGACGGACGAUUUGUCGACACCAGUGUCGAUCACAUCAAAAAUGUCGAAGUUGAUGGGAGCAUGAACAUCUCGGUUUUUUUUUUNCUCUGCAACUUGCAAGCCUUGAAUCUUUCAGGCUGCCGUGAGAUCCGUACAUUACCCAAAUUUCUAGGAAGGCUUACGAAUUUGCGGAUUUUAGAUUUAAGGGAUUGCCCAUCUCUGACAAUACCUGACUCCAUUAGCAACCUGCAGAAUUUGUAUGCACUAAAUUUGAGUUUGUGCAAAAACGUGAUAUCACUUGAACCUAUAUGUCACCUCAAAAACCUGCAUUACCUAGACCUAUCAUAUCUAGAUUCUUUGGUGGCAUUACCUGAAUCCAUUGGAAGCCUUCAAAAUUUGCGUGGUCUCAACCUUUCUAGCUGCUCUUCUCUAGAAUGGUUACCCUCAUCAUUAUGUCACCUCAAAAACCUGCAUCUCUUAAACCUAUCAAAUCUAGAAUCUUUGGUGGCAUUACCUGAAUGCAUUGGGAGCCUUCAAAACUUGCGUAUUUUGAGCCUUUUUGGCUGCUCUUCUCUAAAAUCAUUACCCUCAUCAUUAUGUGAUCUCAAAAACCUGCAUGACUUAAACCUAUCACGUCUAAAAUCUUUGGUGGCAUUACCUGAAUCCAUUGGGAGCCUUCAAAACUUGCGUAUUCUGAAUGUUUCUAAAUGCUAUUCUCUACUAUCGUUACCCUCAUCGUCAAGUGAUCUUCAGCAUUUAGAGAAACUCGACAUCAGUGGUUGUAAAAAAUUAUGUGAGCUGCCUAAAAUGAUCCGAAAGCUGACCAAACUUAGGGUCUUGUUAAACAACAAGUGCUCAGAAUUGAAGGGCAUGCCCCGAGGGAUCAGCAAGUUAGUUAGCUUGCAGGAAUUGUCCGUUUUUGUCGUCGGCAAGCAAGACCGCGUGGAACAUUGUGCCAGCAUCUCUGAGCUCGAGCACCUUAAGCUUGUCGGCGAGCUGGAGAUCAAGGGUCUUGAAAAUGUGACGAGUCCGGUUCAUGCCAAGGCUGCAAAUUUGAUAGAGAAGAACCUGCGGAAUUUGAAGUUGGAAUGGAAAGUUUUAAGUGCGGAAGAAGGCACGGAUAGUACUGUACUACCGGUGGAAGAGAUCGAAACCGUGCUUGAAAAUCUUCAACCACAUCAAAAGCUAGAGAAUUUGAAAAUAGAAGGCUAUGGAGGCGGGAAGUUUCCUAGCUGGAUGAUGAAUAGGAUUGGCUCGUGCCUCCCUAAUCUACUUCAAAUCGAACUAGCGGAUAUGCCCGGAUGCAGCUCACUUCCGCAGCUGGGGCAACUUCCUUUUCUUAAAGAACUAACUAUACGAAAUAUGCCCGCAGUAACAAAUUUGGGGGUAGAUAAGUUCCCUGCGCUGACGAGACUUGACUUGUCCUCCAUGCCGGUGCUGCGAGAAUGGGUGACUGUGUUGACGGUGGACGACGAAGAAGGCAGGCGAGAGCGAGUUCCCAUUUUUCCGCGUCUCACUGGAUUGUGGCUUAAAGAAUGUCCUCAGUUGAGGCCGGAGCCUUGCCUGCCGCCAUCGGUUUUGAUUAUGAUCAUUUCUAGAACAAGCAGCGAGAAUCUAUCGUUAAUUCUCGAACGCGCGACGCCAUUUGGUGAUGGUAAUGCCGCCGUUUCACACCAACCGCCACCAGAUAAGGGGCUGCAGGAUCUAGUAAUAAACGAAUGUCAGCAGCUAACUUGUUUGCCCGAGAGCUUGCGGGGUCUCACGUCCCUCCAGCGCCUGGACAUAUGGGGUUGCCAUGAUCUUGGGAGAAUUGAAGAUUGGCUCGGGGAGCUCUCCGACCUGCAGUCCUUGACCAUCUCGAAGUGCCGCAGUCUCCGUUACUUGCCUGCCCGCAAGAUGGCCGCACUUCAGAUGUUAUCUAUCGGGAAUUGCCCGCUGUUGUUCGAUGCAGACGGACAAUUUGUCGACACCAGUGUCGAUCACAUCAAAGAAGUCUAUGUUAAUGGAAGUUCUUACCGGUACAAGAAACAAGCGAGCAGCUCACCACAGGAGGAAGAGAGCUCAGCGAAGGAGGAGAAGAAGAUUGGUUAGCGAGGAGAGCAUAAGUAUAUGUACCUAUUAUUUGGAG